GUCUUGCACCUAACAAAGAACCUCUCGAUUGGAAUGCCCGGAUGAAGAUAGCAGCUGGUGCGGCCAAAGGAUUGGAAUACCUGCAUGACAAAGCAAAUCCUCCUGUUAUUUACAGAGAUUUUAAAUCUUCAAACAUUCUCCUUGGUGAAGGAUUUCAUCCGAAGCUGUCGGAUUUCGGAUUAGCAAAGCUCGGCCCUGUUGGAGACAAGACUCAUGUUUCAACUCGUGUGAUGGGAACCUACGGAUAUUGUGCUCCUGAGUAUGCAAUGACGGGGCAGCUAACCCUCAAGUCCGACGUCUAUAGCUUUGGCGUCGUUUUCCUUGAACUCAUUACCGGACGAAAAGCAAUCGAUAACACUAGAGCUUCUGGAGAGCAAAAUCUAGUUGCAUGGGUAGGCCCUCUGCUGCACAAUUGCUUCCACUUGAGGCAUUUACAUACAUACCACCAAAUUCUUAUAUGCUUACAUAUCUAA